ACACAAAGCGAAAGUAUAACAUAAGAAUCAAGAUGCGCCUCCAAGUUUGGUGGAAAAAGGAGAAAUCGUCACUCCAAGAGGAAAAUGUUUCUGACGGUGAUUGUGAAAAACUGAUGUCGGACACAGACAAAGAAAAUUCUGAAAGGAAACAUUUUUGUCAAGAUUUGGUUGUUAUAUUGUUUUUGUGUUUUUCUCUUUGUGUGUCUUGCCUCGAACUGAAACUCAUUUUUUCAGUUUUGCGAAAAAUUCAACAAUUGGAGCCAGAGAGUAAUUUUUCUGCUUCUUGUGAUGGACAAUUAAAAUUCCCCUCCGUGGAUUCAAAUAAAAUCCUUGUUUCAUUGAUGUAUAAUGAGCUGUUUCAUCAGCGACAUCCAACAAUCAAGUCUCCGGAAGCCGCCAUCCAACGGUACCUGAAGGCGGGAACUAAAACAGAUAACACCUAUCCCAGCGUAUUUAUAGCAAAUGGCAACUCAAACGAUGCCUCCUCGGGAAACUUUAUAGUGAAACAAGACUCCAUAGAAAUUCCUCAGAAAGGCAUGUACGAAGUAACGACCAUUGCGACAGUCAAAAUCACCCACAACGUCACAAAAACAAUGCAUGCGCUCUAUAAACAUAAAGGAAAAGCCCUGUCACCCUUGAUGCAGCGAUCUUACGCCGCACGCGCGGAAGUUAUGGCUUUCCAUCAAAGUGUGUUAAGGGACACUUUUCUUUUGGACAAGGGAGACAACUUGAGCGUGUUUGUGUCGGGAAUAUCAAGUGUUUAUGAAAAGACAACACCAAUAUCAAUACGCUAUAUAGGACAAAAGGAAUAAUAUAGCUGU